UCCAACCAUCGCAAAGUGGCAACUGAUUCACAGAUCGUUUAUUUGUAUUUUUUGGGGCGCUUGAGGAGGGAAUUCAUGCGUCGAUAGCUCACGGGGCCAAUAUGCCAGAAUGGAUCCUCUACAGUAUUUAUUUCUCUGUGGACUUCUGUACGCCCAAACCCACGGUUCUCGUCUCCGCCAGGAAGACUUCUCUCCACGCAUUGUGGAGCACCCUUCUGACCUUAUUGUGUCCAAAGGGGAACCAGCCACUCUCAACUGCAAGGCUGAAGGCCGUCCAACCCCCACGGUCGAGUGGCACAAAGAUGGGGAGCGCGUCGAGACGGACCGCGACAACCCCCGAUCGCACCGCAUGCUGCUGCCCAGCGGGUCGCUCUUCUUCCUGCGCAUCGUCCACGGCCGGCGGAGCAAGCCCGACGACGGCAGCUACGUGUGCGUGGCCCGAAACUAUCUGGGCGAGGCCGUAAGCCGCAACGCGUCUUUGGAAGUAGCACUGUUACGCGAUGACUUCAGACAGAACCCGCAGGACGCCGUGGUGGCGGCCGGGGAGACCGCCAGCCUCGAGUGUCAGGCCCCUCGCGGGCACCCUGAGCCCAACACCUUCUGGAGGAAAGAUAAGGCUCGUCUGGACCUCAAGGACGACAGGAUCACGGUACGUGGGGCCAAGCUGACCAUCUCUAACACCAAGAAGAGCGACGCAGGGAUUUACGUGUGUGUGGCCGCCAACAUGGUCGGAGAGAGAGAGAGUGAAAAAGCUCAGCUCUCAGUGUUUGAAAGACCCGUGUUUGUGCAACGACCUGUGAACCAGGUGGUCUUGGUAGAUGAGAGCGUGGAGUUCAGGUGUCAGGUCCACGGUGACCCUCCGCCUACGCUGCGCUGGAAAAAGGAGGAUGUGGAUAUUCCCCGUGGCAGGUAUGACAUCAGAUACGAAAAAGAGGACUUCCUGCUGCGGAUCAAAAAGGCGUCAGUCAACGAUCAGGGCACCUUCGCUUGUCUUGCGGAGAACCGCGUGGGCAAAGUGGAGGCCUCUGCCUACCUGACCAUCAGAGAGGCGCCCCAGUUUGUGGUGCGACCCCGGGACCAGAUCGUGGCUCAAGGACGCGCAGCUACCUUUCCCUGCGAGACCAGGGGCAAACCUCAGCCCACUGUCUUCUGGCAGCGAGAGGGCAGCCAGGACCUUCUGUUUCCCAACCAGCCGACACAAGGAGACAGCCGAGUUUCUGUGUCUGUGAGCGGCGAGCUGACCAUUUCAUCUGUGCAACGCUCUGAUGCCGGGUACUAUAUCUGCCAGGCCCUCACUGUGGCAGGCAGCAUCAUGGCCAAGGCUCAGCUUGAGGUGGCAGACGCCCUGAAGGACCGCCCACCACCCAUCAUCCGGCAGGGCCCGUCCAACCAAACGCAGGCGCUGGGAGGCGUGACCCUGCUCAGGUGUCAGGCGUCCGGGGAGCCCGAGCCCACGGUGUCCUGGCGGAAGAACGGGGCCAGCCUGCUGGGAAAGGACCCGCGGUUCUCACUGCUUGACCAUGGAAGCCUCCAGAUCCAGAGCACCAGGCUGGCUGACUCUGGGUUGUACACCUGUGUAGCCACCAGCUCCAGUGGAGAAACAUCGUGGAGCGCCUUCUUGGAUGUCAGAGACUCCACCGACCUCGUAGACUUCAUGUCUCACAAUGCAACCGCCCUCCCAGGGCCGCCCUCCAAGCCAGAGGUCACUGAUGUUACCAAGAGCAGCAUCUCGUUGUCAUGGGAACCAGGGCCAGAGGCGGGAUCCCCGGUGUCCUCCUAUGUCAUUGAGGCCUUUGGUCAGUCAGUGAGUAACAGCUGGCAGACAGUGGCAGACCAUGUGAAGACCACUGAGUACACAGUUAAGGACCUGAGACCCAACACCGUCUACCUGUUCAUCAUCAGGGCCGUCAAUGCUCAAGGGCUCGGAGACCCCAGCCCCAUGUCUGAACCUGUCCGAACACAAGACAUUAGUCCUACAGCACAGGGAGUGGACCACCGCCGCGUGCAGAAGGAGUUGGGGGACGUGCUGGUCAGCAUGCAUAACCCUGUGGUCCUCAGCUCCACGUCAGUGCAGGUCACAUGGACUGUGGAGAAUCCAUCCCAGUUUAUCCAAGGCUACCGGGUUCUUUACCGGCAAACGUCAGGGCUGCCCUCCCCAGGGCCGUGGCAGAUACAGGACCUGAAGGUUGCCUCGGAGAGGGACAUAACUCUCCCCGGCCUGAAGAAGGGCAUUGUCUAUGAGAUUAAAGUGCGGCCGUACUUCAACGAGUUCCAGGGUGCAGACAGUGAAUCCAUGACAGCACGCACCAUGGAGGAAGCACCCAGCGCGCCUCCGCAGCAAGUGACAGUGCUGACAGUGGGAAGCCAUAACAGCACGUCCAUCAGCGUGUCGUGGGACCCCCCGCCCUCCGACGAGCAAAACGGCAUCAUCCAGGAGUACAAGAUCUGGUGUUUGGCCAACGAAACGCGAUUCCAUGUCAAUAAGUCUGUGGACGCGGCCAUCCGCUCAGUGGUGGUCGGGGGUCUGCAGACCGGUGUGCAGUACCGCGUGGAGAUGGCUGCAGGCACCAGCGCCGGGGUGGGGGUCAAGAGCAAACCGCAACUCAUCAUCUUGGGUGCAGAGCUGAGGGACGUGAUGCCAGGAUCUGAGGGCAACAACAGCAUCUCGGACGUCGUGAAGCAGCCGGCCUUCAUCGCCGGUUUGGGGGGGGCCUGCUGGAUUGUCCUCAUGGGCUUCAGUGCCUGGCUGUACUGGAGGAGAAAAAAGAGGAAGGGACUCAGCAACUAUGCAGUUCAGUCCUUCACCUUCACUCGUGCAGUUACUUUCCAAAGAGACAGAGGCCUGAUCAGAAACGGAAGCCGUCCGGGGCUGCUGAAAGCGGGCGACCAAGGCCUCCCCUGGUUGGCCGACUCCUGGCCCUCCACGAGCCUCCCGGCCAGCCGCGGCUUAGGAAGUCCGAAGGGCGGCAACAACUUUGGCAGAGGAGAUGUGUUACCGUCCGCAGCGGUGGAGAAGACCGGCACCAUGCUGUCUGAUGGUGCCAUCUACAGCAGCAUUGACUUCAUGGGGAAGGGCGGCUACAGCAGCCCAGCACGAGGCACGCAGCCCACCCCCUACGCCACUACUCAGAUACUGCAGUCCAACAGCUUCCACGAGCUGGCUGUGGACAGGCCAGAUCCCCGCUGGAAGGCUUCGCUCCAGGCCCACCAGGAGAUGGCAAACCUGGGCUACUCGCUGACUGACCGUCACCCUGGCAGUGGUGCAAAGGGUGGGAAGAAAAAGAAGGUGAAGGGUGGAACAAAGACCGCUAAAUCCAAUGGGACAUGUUGGGCUAACAUGCCCCUGCCUCAACCACCCAUGCACCCGCUUCCUGGUACCGAGGUCGACCUUGACCGCUACCCCGAGGAAAACCACGGAGGAGGAUAUGACAGCAACAGCUGGGCUCCACCCAUGUCGGUCCAGACCUACCACCACCAGAGUCUGGACAACGAGGUAGAGGAGGAGAGAGGUCCCACUCCUCCUCUGAGAGGGCGCUCUUCAUCUCCGGCUGCAUCUUCCUUCAGCCAGCCCUCGUCCUCCUCUCUCAGCUCUGCCCACCACGAAGAGAUGCAAUCAAUCCUACAGGCCCACCUGGACGAGCUGACCAGAGCCUACCAGUACGAGGUGGCCAAGCAGACGUGGCACAUGAAGAGCACUCCAAACAUGUCCAAGACCCCCAUCCCUCCGAUCGACUUCAUGUCCAGCACCCUGGGCUCCGAUUUGGGAGCCACUCUCCUCUCCGAAGAGGACGAGGACGAGGAGGAGGACCAGAGAUACGCGAUGGUGUCGAAGAAUCUGUGUGGCUUUGAAUACAUUCCCGGUCACAGCGUGGAAAACCUGGAGGGCUCAGGUAAACCCCCCCAGCUGUGUCGCUCAGACGGCUCUGGCACUGCCGACCACGGCGCAAAGGGCACGCAUAGCCUUGGCCACAAGAGGGCACCGCUGACUGGCCUCAAACCCCAGACAGACAAGGUCGGGACUCUGUCCAGAAGAAGGGACGCCAACGCGGACGCCCACACACCGGCCAUCAACUCCCUGCACAGCGUGGGCUCCCGCAUGCACAGCUCGUGGGCAGCUGCAGGCUCAGACCCCUCUGAGGAGUGCAUGGUGACCGUGUCGACGCUGGAGCGGCAGCAUAUGGCUUCCUGGAGCGGCACGACAACAUCCAACAGGGCCACCCUGAGUAGGGGUUCCCACAAGAGACCUGGCACAGAUGCCUCCCACAACGGGCAUCCUCCCACAAACAGCACAGAGAGGAGGGAACACUAGUCUUUGUGAAGCCUCGCUCCCUGCAGUGGCUGCCUGCCAUCCCAGGACACCUUGUUUAUAAGCGCUAUGAAAUUCUCUUUCUCUCUGCGAGCGACACAGAAAGAUGUUGGGAAGACGGAGGGGAGGCAGACUUGAAGACGGAAGAAACAAGAGUGAGAGAAAGAAUGCAGAGCUGUAAAUGUCAUGUACAGACACAGACACCAGUCUCACAGUGUUAUUUUCAUUCCCCCCUCCUCUCCAAAAGAGUGAACAGUAUGUUAAAUGUCCGCUUCUAUUUUCUGUCACAUGGUGUACAACAGUUCACACGGUGGAGAUGAAGAAGAAAACUCACACGGAAAUGACUAAUUGAAACAAGAAGGGACUUGCAUAAUUUGUAAAUAUAUUUUUUAAUGUUUUCUCUCUUUCUUUUGCUUUGCUAUGCAAGCCGAACCUAAUGUUGUCUCUUUUGUGUUUUAUUACUGUGAAUCUUCUUUUUUUUUUUUCAUUAAUGCUCAAAAUGUUAGCUGAUUUCAAUGAAGCUACUGUAUUGUUGUACUUUGCACAGAGCGUUUUUGGUGAAAAUAAGCACAAACCCAUUGUCAGCUGAGCUGAGGAGGAGAAUCAUAAUGGCAAAGAGGGAUGUCUAUGUUAAACAGAACCUAAACAGAGGAUAUAUACUUGGCUGUGCUGUAAAAAUACCCAUAUAUUGAGAGUUACAAGGAAAAAACACAGGAAAUAAUAUGCCAAAAUAACUAACUGUGUUUCAUACUGGGAUUAUGACUUAUACUAACAUUGAUCUAGAAAAGGAAUACCAGAACCUUUUUAUGGUGACAGAGCAACACAUCAGUUGUUAUAUCCAAAGCAAAAACCUAAAAAAAAACAAGUAUCUCUGCCAUUCCCAGGAAGAGUAUGCUAAUAAUAUAUAUAUUUAUUUGUUUCUUUUCCAAUUACACACAGUGGCGUGGCGAUAGUGCAAUAUUCAAAGGACGACGUGACAGUAAAGGGAAACAGGAAGAUGAAAGUGAGUCUUUGAAAGCCACAGGCCAUGUGUUACCUUGCUGGAGCAGAUAAAGAUGCAUUAAAAAUGUCCUGAUGUCACCUGAAGGCAGAUAAGCUGCAACAUUCAAUGACGACUGUAUGUGAUGUUAAGCAUCAAAGGAAUUAUAAUAGAUUUGUUGUUAUGCACUACACUGGAUUCACACUAUCAACCUAGGAUAUAUAAACUUGAAAGACUGCCAAUAGUAGGAAAGUUUUUAAAUUAUAGCCAAUUAGUAUUUUCUGCCAAUGAGAUUCACGAUGCAAUUUAACACUUGUGUGGAUGGUUUUGUUGGGAUCUUUGUUCUGGGAAUGGCUCUCGAUCCCCUUGAAGAAUCGUUACCUGCCAGAUUGGUUUGCCCUCAGGAAUACACAGCCACAUACAGUAGGGCCGUUUUUCAAUAC